AUGGCUGCCUCCGCCCGUGCAUAUUCGGCGAUCCAAUCACUGAGCACAAAAGGCCUCUGCUGCAUGUUUGGGAUGGUGAUAUUUCGUCUCGGAGCUGGUGAUUGGAGAAACUUGGCCGAUGCUCUGGCAGGAUUUCAAGGAUCUUUGCGACCUACUUUGGCCCAUAUCCUACUGGAUCUGCCAGUCAUUGCUGAAACAAUGUGCUUCGGUACCAUCGAGAUCCUACCUCUUGAAAUAUUCGAGACUAUCGUGUCCUACCUCGACAUCGGUGACGAAGCCAGGCUGUACUCGACAUGUCGCCAUCUACACAUCUAUGGCGAGCCGCUUCUCCUCGAUCCUUUUGACCGCAAACAGCGGGCUAUGAUAUGGGCGGUCCGUCACAACGAUCUCGCUCUGCUCAAGCGCUGCGUGCGAGCUGGUGCGCCUCUCCACGUUGUGACCGUCUUCAAGACCAAGAAACCCUUGUCCAGUGCUUACAAGGAAGGCGCACCUCUUCGCCCGCGCGUCUGCAGCCCCAAGCUCUUUUCUACACUCGCUCUUGCUGUGCGCAGCGAGUCCCUCGACGUCUUUGAGCAUCUCUGCGCGCAGGGUGUCGGCUUUGAGGGUAUCCCGCCGUCCGCGCUCAAGCACCAGCUGCGUGUGCUGAUGAAGAAAAUCGUCAGCCCGGGCCGUCUUGACAAACUCCGAACGCUCAUCGAGCGCGGCUUCAUCGCCAAAGUCGCUGCGCACACAACCCGCGACAUAGCUUGGCCGCUAUCCCGCGCGAUCGUGGCCGGCGCUUCAGAAGAGCUCGCGCAGCUCUUCAUCGACGCCGGUGCGAACCUCAACGCGACGCACGAGCACCGCUAUUUUGGCAGCAUUGCGCCGCUGGCAGCUGCUAUCUUGACAAGUAAUACUGGCGGCGAACUGGCGCGACGACUGGUCCGCCACGGCGCGACGUACGAGCCGUCGGCGCUGCACUUUCGUCCCGCAAGACCUACCCGGCACCCUCUCUUUGCCGCUGUCCAGCGACUUGCGCAGUCCGGUGAGCACAACGUUUCUGUGGUAGAAGACUGCCUUGCGCAUGGCUGCGAUAUCAACAAGACGGAGCACCGCGUCUGGGAUCGCGGUUUCAACUGGGACUGGCGACCGCGACAGCAACUGAGCACGCCGCUACUCGAAUUCCUGGACGCAAUUCCCUCUUUAAGCGGCAGCGCGGCGCAGCAGCAAGCUACCAUUCAGAACCUGGCUUUCUUAUUAGAUCAUGGUGCGCGCACGCCCGUCAUUCCUGACCUGGCUGGUGCUAUAAUUCAGAGCACCACGCCGUCCUGUCUGGAGCUCCUCAUCGACCGGUGGCAGGUCGAGUCCCUCAACGAUGAUCAUUUCUUCGCCAUUGUGACAAUGCUCGUGGAAGCCGGGUGCAUGGACGGCGCCAUGGGCCGUCUCAUGCGGCGAUACUGCCGAGGUGUGCGCAAUCAGGACCCGUACUUUGCAGACGCCUGGCGCGGAUGGCGUCGUCUGCUCGAUCUGUUCCUUGCGCAGCCUAGUGCUGACCCGAGUCUGCUGCUGAUGCAUCUGCUUGUGGACUCGGGCACCAAAGAGAUGUCGACGGUAGAGCGGCUGCUCGUCGCAGCCGUCGACUACUUGAUAUCCCGCGGCGCCGAUAUCAACGCGCCCGUGUCGCCGCUGGGCAGCUCCGCGCUGCACAUGCUCUGCACCGUCUAUCAGCACCCGACGCCCGACACCAUGUGGUGGCACCGCUCGCCGUACCAAGAUUCAGUUGUGCAGCACCGCAAGGACCUGUUGCACCUGAUGAUGAGCCGCGGCGCGGAUCCCCUGCGACGCUUCUGCGGAAGAAACGCUCCCACUGAACUGAUUCAGUACCUCAAGGUCGCGGACCCGUCGACGCGAGCGUGGAUCAAGAAGGUCGGCAAAACGCUGUGCGAGGGUAUGGUGACUCAGCGCCUGGCAAAGGCGAAUGGGACAUCCUACAUGCAUAAUCGAAACUAUCUCUAA